UCUUUUUUAUUUUUUUGGAUAUAAGUGAUAGUCUAAAUUACAGGGGAGAGAGGUUUCUCACACGCACAACCAAUAUGCAUGAGAUUCGAACCUGAAACCUGUCUACAAGUCAAAGCCCUUUUACAAUUUUUUGACAUUUCACAAUUCUUUUUCCGCACUCACAAGACUGCGAGAAGGCUAAAAACUAAGGGUAAAAAUAUCCUUACCUUUCCUUUUUGAACUAAUAACAACACUAUGAGCUGAGAUGCGGUAUUUUUAGCCUUUAGAUUUUCUUUCCGAAGAUGUAGAGGAUUCUGGGCCCGCUACCGCUAAUUUGGUGCCUUUUGUUGGUCUCCAAUAUCUCUGAGUCUGUAGGCCCAACGCUUGGCGCUUUCCACUGGGGCAUUGAAUUAAGGCUUAUGGCACCCUCAGUAUAGAAUUUCGCUUCUUUUUCUUUUCCGUUUUGGUAAAGACGUUGAGCAGGCUGGUUGAGGUCUUUCAUCAAGCAGGCAGUGUGCGUAAACAUGCCACCCAGAAACAAAGACUCUAAAGGGCGCAUCAUCAACGCUUCCAAGUCUCAAGACCAAGAUUGCUAUGAAGGGGAACGUCUCGAUCGUCUGUUCCAAUCAAUUCAGAGAAAGAUAGAGUCAGCAAGACUUGAUAGCAAUUGUUUACCCGAAAAGAUGUGGUUCAAGCAACAAUUUGCAAUAGGGGUGAAUGAAGUCACUCGUGUCCUUGAACGCAUGCCACCAGUGACACCAAUGGUGGCGCCAAGCUUAGCUUCUAAUCGUACUAAAGCACCAUACAUCGGGCUUCAGGCUGUUCUGAUAGCUUCUGAUUGCAAUCCACGAUGGCUGUCAAAGCAUCUGCCAAGCUUGGCCCUGUCAAGGAAGGUCCCCUUGAUCUUUCUCAAAGAUAACAAGGGAGCUUCUUUAAGAUUGGGUCAACUUGUUCAACUUAAAACCGCCAUUGCCAUUGGAGUUAAGGCCAAAGGAAAUGCCAUCAAUCAACUUAUUGAGGAAAUUCUCCGCGGCAAUACAAUUCAACUUGGAAUUGAACGCCUCAACUCGACUCCAAUGCUUACAACAGCACAUGGACAAGUCCAGAGAUGAGCCUCCUUUCCUUUUUAGAUGUUGAAGAAAGCAGUCUUUCCUUGGUCAUGUUCCAGUGGCUUGUCCAAAUAAUCAUAUGAAUGACUGACUGUGUAGUUAACUUGUUACAUAUUACUUGCCAUUUCUUGAAUUACUUGAUGUCUGGAGGAAUCUUCAAUUUCAUAGCUCUACAAGGUUGUUUCACACUUAAACCAUUUGUGCGGCUAGUGGCAACCAAAAGGCCAGGAGAACUUCUUAAUGCAGUACAUUCAUUACUUGAAAA